AUGGAAACACCAGUGCCGAAACCAAGGACAAAAUUUGAGCCAUCGUCCCCUGAACCAACGUUGCCUCCAAGACCUCCUGUGAAGCCACCUCGUGCCGUUGCAAAUUCAACAGCUGUUCAAAAUUUUGGCAAUGUAUUGGGAGAGUUGCGAUUAAACUUGAACGAGACGAUUUCUUCUCAAGAUCCACCGGGAAUUGGAUUUAUCGAAGUGAGUCCGGGGACUUCGAUGAGCCCACCACAAAGACAUGCUCCACCGCCUCCGAGACCACCUCCACCAGCUGGAUGGAAACAGCAUCCCGUCAUUCCCGAACGAAUUCAAUUAAAUCGACCUCUUCCUUCUCUCCCAAUCGACGUUUCAUUGACUCCGGUAUAUUCAGAACCGUCAACAUCAUCGCCGAGCUCGACUAAUUGUUACGAAAAUCACAAUUCAAGUGUGGUGGAGAAUCCUCUAUACCUCUCGCUAGACACUUAUCGAUCCAUUUCUGGAAUUACGCCCUCACCGUCAAAUGCUCCCACCACAUCGCCAGAUUGUGAUGAGCUGAGAGAAUGGCUAACAGAGGAAGAGGAAAAUGAAUCAUGCUCAUCGAGUCGUCCUGAAAAUCUCAACGCCAGCAUUCCAGCCCCAAUACCAGGGGAUGAUUCCCGGCCAUCUAUAGACUCCGAAGAAAACCCAUACACUCCAUGUCCACGAAGAAGUGAUUAUGAUAAUUCUGAGUUUAUCGGAUCUACCAUAGAUCCAUUUGAUGAUUCGUUUUACACGGACAACACAACAAAUAAUUCACAUCAAAAUCUCUAUGUUUCGCCGCAAUUCGUGAAAGAAAAGACAAAAAGCGAAUGUGAUCGGUAUGAAAAUGUCGUCGAAAUCUGCUCUUCACCAGAUCCACCACCAACUCACUUAUAUGUCAAUGUGCCGCCAAUCUAUCCAUCAGCUGACAAUAUUAUUUCUUCAGAAUCAGAUGAUGUUUUUAGAGAUGAAGGAAAAAUGAAAAUUGAUGGAAGCUCUAUUACGUUUGUCGGAUUUGUUUCGUUGACUAGUUCAAAAAAAGAAAAACGUUUACAUUGCCGUCUCCGCAAUAUGCAGUUGUCUUUUCACGAUGAUGAAGAUUCUACAGAACCAAGUAAUGGAACAUUCGAUAUUAAAGGCAUCUACCUGUUUCGCCAUAUGGCUUCCGAUACUCCAUACAUUUUGAUUCACGUGGGAGAAAAACGAAACGUUAUCUCGUUUAUCCCAGAAGAUCCUCCGAACCUUUGGAUGUUCUUCCUUUCCGAAGCUUGGCUCUCACUCAACUACGGUCUAACAUCAGUUCUUCGUGACGCUGAUGAGCUCACAAUAUGUGGUAUCACUUGGAUAAAACACGGAACCACCGGAGAAUGGAAAAUAUGUUCUGCUGGAAUUAAUGGUCUAACACUUCACUAUAUGUUGGUGGACGCAAAGGAUCGAAUCUAUAAUCGAAAUAGUGAGCGGUCAGAUGCUGGUACAUCGUUUAUGUCAACUGUAGGGUCCAUUAUUGGAGAUGAGCUCGUAGAAGUCGAUUUACGGAAAGUGAUGACGAUGCGGGAAAGAAUUGAUAAAUCCGAGUUCUGUCCUAAUGCAAGACAUAAACGAGGACCCUUCUCAAUUACGCUUCACGGAGUGACACUCUACAUCGACUCCCGUGACGAUUCUACAACUUCUCACUGGUACGAGGCGAUCGAGGCUCUUCUCAAAAGACCAGCUACUCGUCUAGAGAAUCUUCGACUCACUGGGGAUAAUAUUCCAGUUGUUAGUUGCAUUUCAAAAAAUAACAUGAUUAUAUGAAAUUCAGAUUGUCGACAAGUGUAUUCGAUUUGUUUCGGCGUAUGGAAUGAAAUGCGAAGGAAUUUAUCGAAGAAAUGGAAAAGUCACUGAGGCAAAGACAAUAUUAACCAAAUUGACAGAAGAUCCCGUCGGUUAUUACCCAGUUCAUGAGAAUGAUGAGACAGUAUAUGCUGUAGCCGAUGUCCUUCGGCAAUUCUUCAGAAAACUUGAUGCGCCAUUGUUUCCGUCUUCUUCUCAAGCUGAUCUUUUUGAUCUCGCAACUGAAUCACAAUCCGACGAAUUAUGUGCUCGAUACGCCCAAUUGAUAAACACAUUCGAACUAGUACAUCGUUCAACGCUCAAAAAACUAAUCGGACAUCUGAAAAACGUAUCAGAACACGCCCAAGAAAAUCGAGCAAGUGUUGAGAAUCUGGCAAAGGUUUUUGCGGCUUCGUUGUUUUUGACGGAUGCAAUGGAUGAAAAAGUGUUCAGCGAGAGUUAUAAUCAUCAGAUUAAUGUGCUAAUUCAUUUGACCACUGGAUAUGAUGUUGUUUUUCAGAUCAGCAUUGAGGAAGAGUUGAGUCGGCAGAUGGUUAAUGAUGCCGAGAAGAAAUCGUUUAAUGCGAAAAAGCCAAGUCCCGACUUCAUCGUGGCGAUCCACGUUUGGGAGAAAGAAAACCGCCCGUUCAAUGUGAAAAUGAGCUUGGCGAGUGAGGAAGUUUGUAGAGAGGCUAUUGCAAAACGUGGAUUCGACGGACCACCCGAUUCUCCAUAUGCGAUAUUCGAGUGUCUAGCCGGUGGAAACCUAAUCAGACGACUUCCGAAUGCUCAGAAAAUGUCAAAAUGUGUACUUCAAUGGAUUGAUUGGAAUUGUAAAGAUGCAUAUCUAUUGUUUGAUCAUGAUAAAUAUCAAUUCAACGGGACUGAUAUGUCAUGUUUUACUGGGAAAAUCAAAAUCGCUGAGCCUGGGUCACGAACAUUCAAAUCGUAUGAAGUCAAGAUUGAAAAUGGGACUUCGAUUGUCGCGUUCCGAAACGAGAAACUCUGGAAAGCGUGGCCUAUGGAUGAUUCGAUUUGGUAUGUUGGCACCGAGCCAACAAGAAAAUCGCCAAACUUGUUCAACGCAACUAUGAUUUGUUCGACGAAAACUGGCUAUUCCAGUAGCCGAUUUCCUGGCUUCUGCUUCUCGUUUAAAGAAGAAACGGACAGAAAUCGCUGGUUAACAGCACUUUCACAUUUUACAAAAAGUAUCGAUUCUGAACCGCUCGUUUAUAUUUGAAUUUAUAUUUCAUGAUUUUUUUAAUGAUUGCCAUCUUCUUUGCUAUUACCAAUGUUUCUUUCUGUGAUAUUAGAUGUAUUUGAAAUUGCAUUGUUGAACUAAAUUGUUUUUGAAUAAGAAUUUGUUUCCCAAA